CCCCGCCCCCCUCAGCGGAAGCGCGGUUAUUCCUGUUUGUUCGAUGGAGACAGAGAAGUGACGGUGUGAUGGAGGUGGACAUCCUGGAGUUCAAGGUUCCCGUGGACAACAAUAAGACUCUGUUUGUGUGGGACAUCCAGCCGUCUCACACUGAGGACCAGAUCUACGAGGGGUUGUACAGCGUGUUCUCGUCCUACGGUCCUCUCUACCUGCUGAAGGUGUGUCCUAACGCUCCGCUCAACCCGCCUGGUUUCUAUGCCCUCAUCAAGUUCUACUCUGCUGCUCAGGCCUUAAAGGCUCAACGACAGACUGACGGAUGCCCGCUGUUCCAGAACUCUCCACUCAAGGUGAGGCUGAGCUCCAAACAGACUCCUCACUUCCUGUUGGACAGCAGCAGACCUCUGAGCCACGCCCGCUGCCUUGAACUGGCCAAUCACUGCCUGGGAUUUAACGGCUGGACCUCUGACAUCAUCACACUGAAGGAGCUCACCAACGAAGAAGAAGGUGAGGAGGAGGAGGAGGAGGAGGAGGGUGGAGUCAGACGGAGGAGGCUGAGGUUUGGCUGUCUGCUGCAGCUGUCCUUCCCUCAUCACGGUCAGAUGACCAGAGCAGCAGCCGUGGUGGAGGACAGCUUCACCUGCGCAGGUGAGGACAGCUUUACCUGCACAGGUCCAGAUGUUCUGAUACAGAAACGAUGUCGACUACAGAAGCAGGUCAGAGAGAAGGCUCUGGUCCAGGCCUUCACUGCUGUACUGCUCAUAUUAUUGGGUAUAAAUACUCUGAUUACUGUUCAUAUUACUGGGUAUAAAUACUCUGAUUACUGUUCAUUUUACUGGGUGAAGGAGUUUUCCUGGAGUGACUUUGCUCCUGAUGAAGAGGAGGGUGAUGAUGAAGACUGGGAUCUGACUGUAUCGUAGGGACUCAGAGGACAUUGGGACAGACUCAGAGGACAUCGGGACAGACACAGGACAUUGGGACAGACUCAGAGGACAUCGGGACAGACACAGAGGACAUUGGGACAGACUCAGAGGACAUCGGUACAAACUCAGAGGACAUUGGGAUAGACAUAGGACAUCGGUACAAACUCAGAGGACAUCGGUACAAACUCAGAGGACAUUGGGACAGACUCAGAGGACAUUGGGACAGACUCAGAGGACGUUGGGACAGACUCAGAGGACAUCGGGACAGACUCAGAGGACAUUGGGACAGACACAGAGGACAUCGGGACAGACUCAGAGGACAUCGGUACAAACUCAGAGGACAUUGGGACAGACUCAGAGGACAUUGGGACAGACACAGGACAUUGGGACAGACACAGAGGACAGUUUCAUGUUGAUGUUUAAUAUAUAUGUAUAAAAUGAGUUUUAUGUCUGUUACCCGUCAGUUUCCUGUUUGAAAUAAAGUGAAUAGAAGUAA